GUCCAUUGUCACUCAAGUUUUUGUUCCUCCCAUCAAAUUGCGACGCGACUUGUUCUACUCCGAAAAAAUUCAAUCCAUUCAGUUGUUCGCGUCGCGCGUCAGCUCCAUACUGCUGCUUCUCUUCUUUUCCUGCUUCGAUGAACAUGUCAGCGCCUGAAACACCAGAGCAUCAACAACUCCAAAUGGCAGCACAGCAGUUCCAAGCCAUGCGUGUGGACGAUGCACCCUCAAGCUCUAUUCCUGAACUACUUAAGGACGGUAAACUAACAUUUGGAGAACCAAAAUUACGAGCUGAGAAUCACGAAGCUAUUGCAGAACGAAUCAAGGUGUUCCGCCUGCACCGUGCCCGACUAGAACAGCAACAACAAUCUAUAUCUCAAUUCCCAAGUCAAUAUCUCGACGUAUUGAGCGCUCUAUGUCAAGAUAGUGACGAAUCAAGCGGACAGCUUUCCAAUCGUAUCAAUGAAGUAUUAUCACCGUUUUUAAGAAAUGAAGAUUACAGCGACCACUUUACAGAGAUAAUUGAAACUGCAGUGAAGUCCAUUGCGACGCGUACAAAAUAUGGUGUAUCACCCGAUGUUUUGAGUCAUCUUGAAUGUGCCAUCACAAAUAUACCUCAUCAUCUUUACUUUUGGCGGUGGGAAGUAAAAGAUAUUACUUGUCUUCCACAUCAAAUCCAAGCAAUUAUUCAUCAGCGAAGGACCAUACGCGCACAGUUGUUUCGAAGCGCUUCCCAAGGAACAACAAAUUGCAAUUUUGCUAGCGAAACAUAACCGCAAAGCACAUGACGAAAGCAAGACCGCCACUGCUGAAAGCAAUUUGGAAAAGGAGGAGAAACGCCGGAAAAAGGAAGAAGAGCGGCGGUUACGUGAGGAGGAAAAACGCAAACGCGAGGAAGAAAAGAAGGAGGAAAAACGCAAACGUGAAGAAGAAAAGGAGGAAAAACGUAAACGCGAAGAAG